GCACUCAUGUGCCGCACGCGUGUCUUACACCCCCUGAAGUAUGUAAACAAUCUUCUCCAUGGUGGAUCCCCUCAAAGUUUUGUGGGUUCUCACCAACAGCACUUAUCUGGUGACCAAGUUUAUCCGCAUCGGUAUUGCAGACAAGAAUGACAACCCGCCCUACUUCGACAAGGCGCUGUACGAGGCGGAAGUCGAUGAGAAUGAAGAUAUCCAACACACCGUGCUCACAGUCACCGCCAAAGAUCACGACGAGUCCUCGCGUAUUCGAUAUGAGAUCACAAGCGGUAACAUAGGCGGCGCCUUCGCCGUGAAGAACAUGACUGGGGCUAUAUAUGUGGCAGGAGCUCUCGACUACGAGACAAGGAAAAGGUAUGAGCUGCGACUGGCAGCCUCCGACAACCUCAAGGAGAACUACACGACUGUGGUGAUUCACGUGAAGGACGUGAACGAUAACCCCCCGGUGUUCGAGCGGCCGACAUACCGGACCCAGAUCACCGAGGAGGACGACAGGAACCUGCCCAAGCGAGUUCUUCAGGUGACUGCCUCUGACGGUGACAAAGACAGGCCGCAGAACAUCGUCUACUUCCUGACGGGUCAAGGCAUAGACAGUGACAACCCUGCCAAUAGCAAGUUUGACAUCAACAAGACCACUGGCGAGAUAUUUGUUCUGAAGCCGCUGGACAGGGAUCAGCCCAACGGGAGACCACAAUGGAGGUUCACGGUGUUCGCCCAGGACGAGGGUGGAGAGGGACUGGUGGGUUACGCCGACGUUCAAGUCAACCUUAAAGACAUCAACGAUAACGCCCCUAUCUUCCCGCAAGGGGUUUACUUUGGGAACGUCACUGAGAAUGGAACAGCAGGAAUGGUUGUGAUGACAAUGACAGCAGUAGACUACGACGACCCGACUGAAGGGACCAACGCGAGACUCAUCUACUCCAUCGAGAAGAACGUGAUAGAGGAGGAGACUGGAUCGCCGAUCUUCGAGAUAGAGUCAGAGACCGGAGUGAUCAAGACGGCAGUGUGUUGUCUGGACAGAGAGAGGACGCCGGACUACUCGAUACAAGUGGUGGCGAUGGAUGGUGGGGGGUUAAAAGGGACAGGGACAGCCUCGAUACGGGUGAAAGACAUAAACGACAUGCCGCCGAUGUUCACCAAGGACGAGUGGUUCACGGAGGUGGAUGAAACUGACGGCACAAAUCUUCCAGAAACCCCCAUUCUAACCGUCACCGUGCAUGAUGAAGAUGAAACUAACAAAUUCCAAUAUAAGGUGAUAGAAAACAGUGGGUAUGGAGCUGAUAAGUUCACCAUGGUCAGGAAUAACGACGGCACGGGUUCUCUGAAGAUAGUGCAGCCUCUGGAUUACGAAGAUCAACUGCAGAGCAAUGGUUUCCGCUUCAGGAUACAAGUCAAUGACAAGGGCGAAGACAACGACAACGACAAAUACCACGUGGCUUACUCGUGGGUGGUCGUCAAACUCCGGGACAUCAACGACAACAAGCCUCAAUUCGAGCGGCCGAACAUUGAGGUGUCUGUGUACGAAAACGCAGAAGUUGGAAAGUCCUUAGAAACGUUCAAAGCCAGUGAUCCUGACCAAGGCGGCAAGAGCAGAGUUUCCUUCGCCAUAGACCGCUCGUCGGACAGGAAAAGACAAUUCCUGAUCAGUCAAGAAGGCACUGUCACUAUCCAGAGGCAACUAGAUCGAGAAGAAACUCCAAGACAUCAGGUCAAAAUCCUAGCGAUAGACGAUGGAGUCCCGCCGAAGACGGCCACAGCAACCCUGACAGUGAUCGUCCAAGACAUCAACGACAACGCCCCCAUGUUCCUGAAGGACUACAGGCCGGUGUUACCGGAGCACGUUCCUCCUCGGAAGGUGGUCGAGGUUUUGGCCACUGACGACGACGACCGUUCGAAGAGUAACGGGCCACCGUUUACGUUCAGGAUGGACCCUAAUGCCGAUGACAUCAUACGGGCAUCGUUCAAAGUUGAACACGAUCAAAAGGGAGCAAACGGUGACGGUAUGGCGGUGGUGUCGUCGUUACGAUCGUUUGACAGGGAGCAGCAGAAGGAGUACCUGAUCCCCAUCGUCAUCAAGGACUCCGGCAAUCCAGCGAUGUCAGGGACCAGCACUCUGACAGUGGUCAUUGGUGACGUCAAUGACAACAAGAUGCAGCCUGGCUCUAAGGAAAUCUUCGUCUACAACUACAUGGGCCAGGCACCUGAUACGGAGAUCGGCAGGGUUUACGUGUACGACCUCGACGACUGGGACUUGCCCGACAAGAAGUUCUACUGGGAAAGUCAAGAGCAUCCGAGAUUCAAACUGAACGAAGAUUCGGGGAUGAUCACGAUGCGGCAAGGGACACAGGGAGGACGGUACCAGCUGAGGUUCAAAGUUUACGACCGGAAGCACACCCAGACAGAUAUACCGGCCAAUGUCACUGUCACGGUGAAGGAGAUCCCUCACGAAGCAGUGGUCAAGUCCGGAUCAGUCAGGUUGGCCGGUAUCACGGACGAGGACUUCAUCAGAGUUUGGAACUACAGGACUCAAAGCAUAGUAAGGAGUAAAGCAGAUAGGUUCAGAGAUAAGCUGGCUGAUCUGUUGAACACGGAAAGAGAGAAUGUGGACGUGUUCAGUGUCCAACUGCGGAGGAAACACCCGCCUCUGACAGACGUGCGCUUCUCUGCCCACGGCUCGCCCUACUACAAACCUGUCAAACUCAACGGUCUCGUGCUCAUGCACAGGGAGGAGAUCGAGAAAGACGUCGGAAUAAACAUUACAAUGGUCGGAAUCGACGAGUGCCUUUAUGAGAACCAAAACUGUGAGGGGAGCUGUACCAACACGCUGGAUAUCAGCAACUUGCCGUACAUGGUGAACGCCAACAAGACGGCCCUGGUGGGAGUGCGCGUAGACGUCAUAGGGGAGUGCACGUGUGGUGCGCGGAACUUCACCAAGGGAGAGUCUUGCAGAAACAGCCCUUGUCACAACGGUGGACGCUGCAUAGAGGGCAGAUACGGACUGACGUGCUCGUGUCCAAGUGGAUACACCGGACCAAGGUGUCAGCAGACCGCCAGGAGUUUCCGUGGCAACGGCUGGGCGUGGUAUCCGGCUCUGGAGAUGUGUGACAACUCCCAUCUCAGUCUGGAAUUCAUCACGAGGAAAGGAGACGGGCAGCUGUUGUAUAAUGGCCCUAUUGUCCCUCCAGAGCCUGAAGAGGUCAUGGUGUCUGAUUAUAUUUCGUUGGAACUGGAAAGAGGUCAGCCUCGUCUCUUGAUCGAUUUUGGAUCGGGGACCCUUGAAUUGAAAGUGAAAACGAAAAAGAGUCUAGACGACGGAGAAUGGCAUAGGAUAGACAUCUUCUGGGAUACUGAGAACGUGAGACUGGUGGUGGACUACUGCAAGUCUGCCGACAUCUCGGAGUUGGAAGACGGAACGCCGCCGGAGUUCGACGACUCGAGUUGUCAGGCUCGAGGCACCAUCCCCCCUUUCAACGAAUACCUGAAUGUAAACACCCCUCUGCAGCUUGGAGGCCGCUACGUUCAGGAAUUCGAUCCCACCCACUACCACUGGCAGGCCAUGCCCUAUGGCAAGGGGUUCGAUGGCUGCAUAAGAAAUCUCUUCCACAACAGCAAGCUGUACGACCUUGCACACCCUGGACUGUCCCGGAACAGUGUGUCCGGGUGCCCGCAGACCGACGAAGUUUGCAACAGCCAAGAAUCAACUUUCCGCUGCUGGGAGCAUGGUGUGUGCGUGGGCAGCCUCUCUGAGGCGAGAUGUCAGUGCCUUCCGGGGUUCACAGGACCUUCCUGUAACACCCCGACUAUUCCCACCACCUUCAAGCCUCAGAGUUACGUGAAGUACGCCCUCAGUUUCGAGCCGGACCGUUUCUCUACACAGAUGCAGUUGCGGUUCCGCACGAGGGAAGAGCACGGGGAGCUGUUCCGGGUCAGCGACCAGCACAACCGAGAGUACGCCAUCCUUGAGAUCAAAGACAGCAAACUCCACUUCAGGUACAAUCUGAACAGCUUAAGGACGGAAGAAAAGGACAUCUGGCUCAGUGCGAUCACCGUAGAUGAUGGACAGUGGCACACGGCUAAGGUGUCCCGGUAUGGUUCAUCUGCAACUCUUGAACUGGACGGUGGAGAGGGAAGAAGAUACAACGAGAGUUUUACGUUCGACGGUCACCAGUGGCUGCUGGUGGAUAAGCAAGAAGGAGUAUACGCUGGUGGAAAGGCUGAAUACACGGGCGUCAGAACUUUUGAAGUUUACGCUGACUACCAGAAAGGUUGCCUUGAUGACAUCAGGUUGGAGGGAAAACACCUGCCCUUGCCUCCAGCGAUGAACGGCACACAGUGGGGUCAGGCGACCAUGGCGAGGAACCUAGAGAAGAACUGUCCUUCAAACAAGCCCUGCGCUAACGUGAUCUGUCCUGACCCGUUUGAGUGUGUCGACCUAUGGAAUGAAUACGAGUGCACCUGUGGCGAGGGCCGCAUAGUCUCCCCUGACGGCAAGGGAUGCACGGACAAGAACGAAUGCCUGGACAGCCCUUGCCGCAACGGUGGUGUCUGUAUCAAUCAAGACCCGCGGUUGCGGUACCGCUGCGUGUGCCUCGACGGGUUCUGGGGGGAGAACUGUGAACUCGUCCAGGAGGGCCAGACCCUGAAACUGGGCAUGGGAGCUCUGGCGGCCAUUCUCGUCUGUUUGCUCACCAUUCUCAUCUUGGUCCUGGUGUUCGUUGUGUACAACCGGCGGAGAGAAGCCCACAUAAAGUACCCGGGGCCGGACGAUGACGUAAGAGAGAAUAUCAUCAACUACGAUGACGAGGGUGGCGGGGAGGAUGAUAUGACAGCGUUCGAUAUCACGCCCCUGCAGAUUCCCAUUGGCGGCCCGCUCCCAGAAAUGGCUCCAAAGUUAGCCUAUCCUCCAUUAAUUGGCCAAGAACCUAACGUCGGAAUAUUCAUCGAAGAGCACAAAAAACGCGCGGACUGCGACCCGAACGCUCCGCCAUUCGACGAUCUGAGAAAUUACGCUUACGAAGGCGGUGGCAGUACGGCGGGCUCCCUGUCUUCACUGGCAUCAGGUACGGAUGAUGAACAACAAGAAUAUGAUUACCUCGGUGCGUGGGGACCUCGGUUCGACAAGUUAGCAGACAUGUACGGACAGGACGGAGAGAGUGAAGAAGAAGAAGAACAAUAAAGAGGAAACUGAGAGAAUGAAAUGAGAGAAAGAAGAUUGCGUCUGUUCUAGUCACCCCCCACUCAGGACAUAGUCGUGUAAAUUGUGUUCUUCUUCCAACAUAACUGUAGUGAGCACCAUGCACGUACCGUAUUUAUACAGGAAACCUUUAGUUAGUCGUAACCCGCUGUUUGUACAUAGUCUAUGUAGCCACCGUAUUUGUAUUUGUGGAAACAUGUCUUUGUUAUUAUCAGUAAGUAGGAGUAACUAAUGUACAUAGAGGUGUGGAGUUUAAGGGACACCCAUAGGUGCUAAGUUCUUGGGAUGCUAAAGUGAGUUACAUUCCAUAUCUAAACACAGGCAUCAAUCAAAUUCGAGAUUUUAGGUUUCCCUCAUGUUGAGGUAUCGUGCCAUUGUAUAUUUGAUGAGGCAUAGUCACGACAAACUUUUGCUAUUUAUUGGUUUUAUUUCGACGUACGAGGCCUACUUCAUGUGCGACCACCGAGCCGACCGAGUAGGUUAGGCACGUUUCUUUUGCCUAGUUUCAAACAAAGAUGUUCAUAACAAAUGUUUUCCUAAUUCGGUUUAGUAUUAUUUGUAAGCUAUUAUUUGUUACUCAUAAUGUUCCUGAGUAUUUGUGAAUUUAGUUUAAACAUCACACUUGCCACCCUAGGUUUAAGUUUAAUUUUAGUAUUGUAAAUGUCUGCACUGAGUACAAUGAAGAGAACGUGUAUUAAGAAGUAUUAACUUGACGGAGCAGAUCUGUUUAUUUCUUGUGCGGGAGUGAAUUUAAAUUUCCUGGUGACUAUACGUUAAGGACAGAGUGGUCACCUCUGCUCAAAUAUAACCUGCUCUUAAGUAUGAUACGUUCGCAACAUUGAGUUUUUAUAUAAGGAAUAUUAUAUAGAAGUGUCAUAAAAUUUUCAUCAAUUUCUAUUGUUUAUAAACGAUAUUGAAUUUUGGAGUUUUAGUUUAGCGUAUAGUUUCUACGCUUAUUUAAAAUUAAGAAGUGUCAUACUCGUCAUAGUUGUCAAUAUAACUGGUACAAUCACUUGAGAGACCGACUUGGACAAUGCACUCAAUGUAACCUAAACGUUCUGUGUCUCAUUUCUCUACCAGUUAAGUACCCCACUUGUGUUUGUAUGUAAAAACGUUGAAGAAACCGUUAAACAGUUUUUAUAUCGAAAAUCUGUGUAUUCUUUGCUAAACCGAUGUUACAGAUCGUCUAAAACUAAAUCUACUAACUAACUGUAUAAAUGUUCUAACUAUAUUUACAGAAUUAAACCGUUUUUGUAUUCUAUUUUUAAUACCCAUCACAGUGUUCUCGAAGAUGACAACAAUAUAGGCUAUGGUACUGCUCAAAUCCUACACUGAUAAGCCGUAUGUAAUGGUAUACUCACUGAUUUACUAUUACGCCAAUAGUUUGCAUUGAAACCAAAUCAGUUUUAAGGACGGAACAUUUGACGUCUGGAUCUGACACACUGCCAGCAUGAUUUGACAACUAUAGCAAUAUUUAUCUGAAUAUUUUCAUUUAUACUAACAAUGUUCGUGGUAAUUUGUUUUUUUAUUUUUUCCCAUCUUCUGCAUUUUUGUUUUCUUAGUUCCUACACCUACUUAGAUCAUUAACAAUUAAUAUGCUUUGAAUUUUGUUAAUUUUAUGUUUUCGUUAAAACACUGCAAAACUUUGCAUUUGCUGUCAGUGGGUGUUUGUCCAUUCUGCAUCCAACACGAACGAACACUAUGUAACUGUAACUUAUAUUUGCUUUGAGUACCUCGUUUCCUUUACUCAACCAAUGUAAAUACAUUAUGUUAAUUUUAUGAGGUCUGCAUUUAAAUAUUAAAUAGUAGUGAAUUGAAACAAUCCACGUACACCUUGUAAAAACUUAACUAAAACACAUUUUUAAAAUAACUGUAGGUGUAAGUGUAAAUAAUUUUAACAAUGACUAUUUUGUGCAUUGUUUUUAAUAUUGAUGUUUUUUAUCUGCAUUUAAUCUGUUUGUAAAUGCAUUAUUUGAAAUACAACCAAACAAAAAGCUAGAGCAAACAUAGAAUAUAUUGUUGUGUUAUUGCAUUAGAGUUACCCUAUAUAUAGUUUUCAGUUAUAUAUUGACUGCCUAACCAUAUAGACUGAACCCCUCUGUUUGUCUAUUGUUUAUUUUAAUAUAUGUUGAUUGCUGCAUUAUAAUUUUAUAUUAAUUUUAAAGUCUGUAAAUGUUUAAUGCAGCAUUCCUAGACAUAUUUGUUAAACCUAGGUACACAACUGUCAUUAUUUAUUUUUAUAUUAGUAUGAGUGUUGUUUGGUUUUAUUUGUAAAUUGUGUGUUUUGUACAAUUAUGUUUAAGUUCAGCUGUGAUUUACUCCCUCUAGCUGUAUAGUUUCAAUAUUGAAAAAUAAUAAUAAAUUCUCACACCUA